UGCCGCCAUCUUGGAUUCCGCGGUGGCGGAGGUGAGGUGCCGUGUGUGAGCGGCGCUUCCCUCCCCUCCCCCAGCUCGGCGGCGGCCGCCCCUCCCACUGAGGGUGGCGCAGCAACGGUGCCAUCUCGACCAUGGCGGCGACUGCAGCUAACCCAGAAAUGACAUCGGAUGUACCAUCUCUGGGCCCCACCAUUGCUUCAGGAAACGCUGGACCCGGGAUUCAGGGUGGAGGAGCUGUUGUUCAGAGGGCUGUUAAGCGACGGCCAGGGCUGGAUUUUGAUGAUGACGGAGAAGUGAGCAGUAAAUUUUUGAGGUGUGAUGAUGAACAGAUGUGUAACGACAAAGAACGCUUUGCCAGGUCGGAUGAUGAGCAGAGCUCUGCGGAUAAAGAGAGACUGGCCAGGGAAAAUCAUAGUGAAAUAGAACGGCGGCGGCGGAACAAGAUGACAGCUUACAUCACAGAACUGUCAGACAUGGUACCUACCUGUAGUGCCCUGGCUCGAAAACCAGACAAGCUAACCAUCUUACGCAUGGCCGUUUCUCACAUGAAGUCCUUGAGAGGCACUGGCAACACAUCCACUGAUGGCUCCUACAAGCCGUCUUUCCUUACUGAUCAGGAACUGAAGCAUUUGAUCUUGGAGGCAGCAGAUGGCUUUCUGUUUAUUGUCUCGUGCGAGACUGGCCGGGUGGUGUAUGUCUCCGACUCAGUGACUCCUGUUCUCAAUCAGCCGCAGUCUGAGUGGUUUGGGAGCACGCUGUAUGAUCAGGUGCACCCAGAUGAUGUGGAUAAACUUCGGGAGCAGCUUUCUACUUCAGAAAACGCCCUGACAGGGAGGAUUCUGGAUCUAAAGACUGGAACAGUGAAAAAAGAAGGUCAGCAGUCUUCCAUGAGGAUGUGUAUGGGCUCAAGAAGAUCGUUUAUUUGCCGAAUGAGGUGUGGCAGUGGCUCCAUGGACUCUGUUUCCAUGAAUAGACUGAGCUUUUUGAGGAAUAGAUGCAGGAAUGGGCUGGGUUCUGUGAAGGAAGGGGAGCCUCACUUCGUGGUAGUCCACUGCACAGGCUACAUCAAGGCUUGGCCUCCAGCAGGUGUCUCCCUCCCGGAUGAUGACCCUGAGGCUGGCCAGGGCAGCAAAUUCUGCCUAGUGGCGAUUGGCCGGCUGCAGGUAACUAGUUCUCCCAACUGUACAGACAUGAGUAACAUCUGUCAGCCAACAGAGUUCAUCUCCCGACACAACAUUGAGGGAGUGUUCACUUUCGUAGAUCAUCGUUGUGUAGCUACUGUUGGCUACCAGCCACAGGAGCUCUUAGGAAAGAACAUUGUAGAAUUUUGUCAUCCUGAAGACCAACAACUUCUAAGAGACAGCUUUCAGCAGGUGGUGAAAUUAAAAGGCCAGGUGCUGUCUGUCAUGUUCCGAUUCCGCUCUAAGAACCGAGAAUGGCUCUGGAUGAGAACCAGCUCCUUUACGUUCCAAAACCCUUACUCGGAUGAAAUUGAGUAUAUCAUCUGCACCAACACCAAUGUAAAGAACUCUAGCCAGGAACCACGGCCUGCACUGUCUAACACAAUCCAGAGGUCACAGCUAGGUCCAGCAACCAAUUUAUCCCUAGAGAUGGGUACAGGGCAGCUGGCGUCCAGGCAGCAGCAGCAAACAGAACUGGAUAUGGUACCAGGAAGAGAUGGGCUGGCCAGCUAUAAUCAUUCCCAGGUUUCUGUCCAGUCUGUGGCAACUGCAGGACCAGAGCAUAGCAAGCCCCUUGAGAAGUCAGAUGGCCUCUUCGCCCAGGACAGAGAUCCAAGGUUUUCAGAAAUGUAUCCAAACAUCAGUGCAGAUCAGAGUAAAGGCAUCUCCUCCAGCACUGUCCCUGCCACCCAACAGCUAUUCUCCCAGGGCAACUCAUUCCCUCCUAACCCCCGGCCGGCAGAAACUUUCAGGAAUAGUGGUCUGAGCCCCCCCGGAACCAUUGUCCAGCCGCCAUCUUCUUCAGGGCAGGUGUUGGCCCAGAUUUCUCGGCACUCCAACCCUACCCAGGGAGCAGCACCAGCCUGGCCUGCUAGCACCCGUCCAGGCUUCUCUGCCCAGCAGGUGCCCACCCAGGCUACAGCCAAGACUCGUUCUUCCCAGUUUGGUGUGAGCAACUUUCAGACUUCCUCCUCCUUCAGUGCUAUGUCUCUGCCGGGGGCCCCCACCGCGUCACCGGGUGCUGCUGCCUACCCUUCCCUCACCAACCGCGGAUCCAACUUCCCUCCUGAGACUGGACAGACUGCAGGACAGUUCCAGACCCGGACAGCAGAGGGUGUAGGUGUCUGGUCACAGUGGCAGGGCCAGCAGCCUCAUCAUCGGUCCAGUUCCAGUGAGCAGCACGUUCAGCAAACGUCAGCACAAGCACCUAGCCAGCCUGAGGUCUUUCAGGAAAUGCUGUCCAUGCUGGGAGAUCAGAGCAACAGCUACAACAAUGAAGAAUUUCCUGAUCUAGCUAUGUUUCCCCCCUUUUCAGAAUAGAACUAUUGGGGUGAGGAUAAGGGCGGGGAAAUCACUGUUUGUUUUUAAAGUAAAUCUUUUGUAAACAGAAUAAAAGUUCCUCUCCCUUCCCUUCCCUCACCCCUGAUAUAUGUGUACCCCUUCACCCCUUGACUUUCUGAAGUGACAUUAUAGAAGAAAUUAAAUUAAUUUCCCAGGCUUUUAGGAUCCUCUGGAAAUUUGAGGACAGGUGAGGUUAGAACUCCUUAUGUCUUCUGACCAGGAGUUGCACAGAAAUGAAUUGUCCUGGAGUCAAGGGGCAGAAUAGAAGAACCUGACAGCCACUAAUUGUCUUGAAUACUAUGGCUCGUUUUGGAUAGAAAUUCUGAACAGAGGCAAGGAGAGGAGAAAUAUCCUCAUAACUGAGGAUCAUGAAAUAUGGUAGAUCUAUGUGGAGCUUUAGGAAGUGCUCAAUCCCCUGGAAAGAAACAUGAAAGGGUGUGAAUGUGUGUGUGUGUAAGAGAGAGGGAGAGAGAAAGAGUGUGUGUGUGUGUGUGUGUGCGUGCGUGCGUGCGUGCGUGCGUGCGUGCGUGCGUGCGUGCGUGCGUGCAUGUGUGCAUGUGUGCAUGUGUUUGAGCUCCUAUGUUUUGUUCUUUCUCCCUAUUAGGGAGUAUAUGCAAAUUUUGUCCCAGAUUUUCUUGGUCUUUCUGCUUGCUCUUCAAAGAGUCCUAAGAAGUUAAUUUUUCCAGGUAUUUUUCUAUUUAGUAUUGCAGCCAAAGAGUAUUUAAGUUAAGUCUUUGCUGCACUUAAACCCAUACCCAGCCAAAAUGAAACUGUAGGCUAACAUACAGUCUUCUGUUGAUAGGGUUGGUCUAUAACAGAACACAUUCAGUGAUCAAGCUGGAUUACUUGUGCUCUUUGGUGCUCUCAACUUAUCUGGAAGAUCUGCGGAUAUUACCAAAAUAGGCUGGCUAGACAAACACUGUCACAAAUCCCAGAUUUGCCCAUAACGAUAAUGCUGCAUUUUCUGUGAGUCACACAUGUGUUCUGGAGAGGUAUUUCUGCAUGGAAACUCAACUUCUUGGAUCAGCUAUUUGAGUGAAAGAUUAUAAACCAAAUAGAAGCCCUCCUGCACAGAAGCCUCUCCUCCUUGUCACCAAACAACAUGUAGAUCUUCCCGAAGUCUGUCUGUCUUUGCUCCCUCUCCAAUCUUGAUGUUGGGUUUUGCUUCGGAGCAUAAAUAGAGGUCUGCAUUAGGUAGACUCAGAUCCCAGCAGGAUCACCUGAUAAUUACAGCCAUAGAAUGCAGACACAUUACUGCGCUCCUUUGCCUUCCUCAGGUGAGGCUCAUAAAUCAGCAGCCUCUUUUCGUAAAAGUUGGCUCCUGUCGAAGAUUAAAUUAAUAACAGAAAAGAUCUAUUAAGAGCACUCACUGGGGAGAGGAGCCCAGAUGGAGAGACUGAGGGGAUGGUUACUCAGUUUCCCUCCAUUUGUCUCCAGUCUGGUGCCAGGCAAUAGAGUGAGAAAGGAGGCUAUUUUUUUACUCUGUGUGCACACAUACAGUAUACAUACAUUAUAUAUAUAUAUAUAUAUAUAUAUUUAUAUCAAUUUACAAAACCAAAAAGUUGGGUUUCCAAUGAAAUAUUUGUUUUUUAAUAAUCAACUUGUUUUUAAAUGUGAUCUGAACUAUAAUGUACAGUUAUCACAGGGCUUUUGAAGAAAGGGAGGGGGAAGCCACUCUGAGGGGUUUGUUCUGCUUUACCUUCAGGGUUUUAUUUUUGAUUGUUUUUUCUUGUUGGCCAUCUGUGCUAAGCCUUACAGUGGCAAAAAUGAUGACAUGUAGCAAAGAUUUUAAAACAAAGUAUUUUUUCUUUUAUAAA